AUGAGCGACGGCCUCGUCAAGCGGACGUCCUCUUCGGAGGGCGCCCACGACCCCGAGAAGACGGCCUUCCAGACCAAGACCUACGACGACACCGAAAAUGUCCACAUCCGCGGUCUCGAGACCAGCGCCGACACCAAGCUGGAGAGAGGCCUCAAGGCCCGUCACAUCACCAUGAUUGCCAUCGGUGGUGCCAUCGGAACCGGUCUCAUCAUCGGAACCGGCAAGGCCCUCGCGCAGGCCGGCCCGGGCUCCGUCUUCAUCUCGUACACUCUCGUCGGUUUCAUCGUCUUCCUCGUCAUGGCUGGUCUCGGUGAGAUGGCCGCCUGGCUGCCCAUCUCUUCUGGUUUCACUGGUUACGCCUCGAGAUUCUGCGACCCUUCCCUUGGUUUUGCGCUCGGCUGGACUUACUGGUUCAAGUACAUCAUCGUCACGCCCAACCAGCUUACCGCCGCGGCCCUCGUCAUCCAAUACUGGGUUGACCGCGAUAGAGUCAACCCCGGUGUCUUCAUCGCCAUCUUCCUGGUCGUCAUCAUCUGCAUCAACUACUUCGGCAUCAAGUUCUUUGGCGAGUUCGAGUUCUGGCUGUCCAGUUUCAAGGUCAUCGUCAUCGUCGCCAUCAUUCUCUUCUCUUUGAUUCUCGUCUGCGGUGGUGGACCCAACGGCGAAGCGACCGGCUUCCGCUACUGGAAGGAUCCUGGUGCUUUCAAGGAGUACAUCGACACCGGUGAUGCCGGCCGCUUCCUCGGUUUCUGGUCCUGCAUGGUCAACGCCACCUUCGCCUAUCUCGGUACCGAGCUUGUCGGUGUCACUGUCGCCGAGGCCCAGAACCCUCGCAAGACCGUUCCCCGCGCCAUCAAGCUGACCUUCUACCGUAUCCUGUUCUUCUACUGCCUCAGCGUCCUGCUCAUCGGCAUGCUCGUCCCCUACAACUCCCCCGAGCUCGCCUUCGCCAACAAGCAAUCUACCGGUGCCUCCGCCUCCCCCUUCGUCGUUGCUGCCCAGGUUGCCGGCGUCAAGGUCGUCCCUCACAUCAUCAACGCCUGCAUCUGCGUCUUCGUCUUCUCCGCGUCCAACUCCGACUUGUACAUCGCCAGCAGAACCCUCUACGGUCUCGCAUCUGAGGGCUCCGCCCCCGCCAUCUUCAAGCGCACCGACAAGCGCGGCGUCCCCGUCUACGCGCUCGGCUUCUCUGCCAUGUUCGCCCUCCUCGCCUUCAUGAACGUCUCCAGCGACUCGACCAAGAUCUUCGGCUACUUCGUCAACCUGACCACCAUCUUCGGUCUGCUCACCUGGAUCUCCAUCCUCGUCACCCACAUCUGGUGGAUGAAGGCCCGCAAGGCACAGAACAUCCCCAACGAGAUCAUGCCCUACGUCGCUCCCCUCGGCAUCUGGGGCUCCUACGCCGCCCUGGCCAUGUGCUGCAUCGUCGCCCUCACCAAGAACUACGACGUCUUCACCGGCGGCGACUUCGGCAAGGAGAAGUACAAGACCUUCAUCACCGGCUACCUCGGCAUCCCGCUCUACCUCAUCCUCAUCUUCGGCCACAAGUUCUACUACAAGACCCGCGGCGUCAAGCCCCACGAGGCCGACUUCUACACCGGCAAGGACAUCAUUGACCGUGAGGAGGAGGAGUUCCUGGCCCGCCAGGCUGCCGAGCAGGAGGCUCGCGGCGGCAAGGAGAGCCGCGGUGGAUGGUUCUACAGAGUCUUCGUCUCGUGGCUGCUGUAA